AAUAAAAGAAAAAAGAAAAAAAGAAGGAAAAAAUGUAUCUCCUGCACGUGUGACUUUUCUUCCCCCCUUUCUCUGUCGCUGGUCACUAAACCGAAUGUGAUUGAAAUACAGUUAUUCUGAAGGUUCCUGUGUUAAUGCCAAGUAAUUUAUUAUACAAGUGCGAUUUUUUUUUCCCAUAACAAAAUUCGUUUGCUGUUAGUGUAUACCUGUCUUAAAUACCGCUGGGUUGCUGUAUCAUGAUUUAUAUCUUAUGGACAAGAGUAAUACUGGUACAUUACGUCUUGUAAUCUCGUUUUAAAUCACAGUCUUGCUGUUUCAGUUCCCUCUGCCUUUUUAUUUAACGCUCCUCGCUUCUGCUGGUUGGCAGUGUCGUGCAGGUAUUGUAAUUGGGAGCCCCAAUUUUCGAACUUUAAUAGUUUCCUUGCUCAGAGGCAGUUAAUGCAUUAAUGAGAGUAAUUUCUGCACAGCUGUUUCUCGGUGUUUGCAGGUUCGGUGUGUAUUUUUGAUAUUACAAAGGAACAGGCCGAUGCAAUAUCUCAAACUCUGACAACCAAAUAGAUAAUCAGGAAGACGAAUGGCUUCUUUUGUAAGGCGCAGCUCCUGUAUUAAUUCUCAUUUUCGUUUCUUAGAGCAAGUAUCGAAAAUAUAGAGCAGAACAAAAUAACAUUCCAUUUGCGGUUUAUAACUUUAAACAAGAAUGCAACCUUAAAUUGCUCUGAAAGAAUGCCCCCCCAACCCCCCACCCCCCCAAGAAAAAGCACGGAUUCUCCAUUACAGCGGGGCCGUGGUAUCUGAAAUAGGGAGCUCCUUUUUUAGUGCAUGAAACCAGUGCACAAAGGAAUAAAAAUCUUAACAGCAUCAUAAAUUCACACCCGAUUUAAGAGUGCAUUAACCGCCAAGCUGGGGUUUACGUGCUUUUAAAUGCCGGUGGGAAAUUGCAUUUUGAUAUGAAUAUUUUCAGAGGCUGGUAACCGUCGUUACCUCCUUUAUCGUUUAAAUGUGGGGGAGAGCGAGUGAAUGAACACAUUAAAUUUUUUUUGAAUAUACCUUGGGACAUUGUGAACUGUCUGCUGUAGCCCAUUUUCUAUUCCAUACCGGGUCACUUUUAAGACGAUCGGGGUGACUCAGCACGUCAGUAUGUGGAGGUACAUCUGCGUGUGCCCCCAAACCGCCUCACAAAAGGCACAAACCACCACAACUUGUGAAAUAAAUGGUUUUGUGUGUGGCGUCAAAUACAAUAUGCACCUAGGAAUUCUAUUCUAACCUCCCGAAUCAAAGCUUCUGGCCUGUCCGUUUGAAUGGGGCGAAUAGGUUUCUAUAGGACCCAAAGUUCACAGCCAUUAUUUGUAGACAGAGCUCAAGAAAAAUGCGAGAAUUAUACAGAAAAUCAUUAAUCACUUCUUUUCUUUAAAUACUCCUUCUCUUCUAUUGUUAUUCAGCGGCAAAUCUGGACAGACCUUCUGCUGGGAGAAGAGAGAAAAAAAGGGCUUUGGAAGACACGUGAAGAUCCUCCUGGCUUUGUUGUGGCAUUUUUUUCUCCGCUCCUCAACAAACUCGGGCCUCCAGCAAACUUUAUUUUUUGAUUUUAGUGUUUUAAGAGAAUAUCCUGCGAAAAUGAAGACAUUAGCCGAAGACUUCAGCGGAGAGCGGAUGAGAGCGCCAAAGUUCCUACACACCACCGAGACACGUCACUCUCGUUUAAAAUCUUUGGGUGACAAACGACACAAUUUCGGUCAGCUUGCAAGAGCCCGCUGGAGAGAGACGGUCACGUGACCCCUGGGGCCAAUGUUCUUCCAGAAGGUCGUCAGGACCCUGGUAGCCGGUGCAACUAAUUUCGGAGAUGCAGAAAACGACCUACUACGACAACUCGACACUUUUCGGAGGCUACUCGUACCAAGGAGCCAACGGCUUCGGCUAUGAGGCCCCCCAGCAGACCUUCCAGGCGUCGGCCCACCUGGAGAGCGACUACCAGCGAUCGGCGUGCUCGCUGCAGUCCCUGGGCGGCGGCGGCGGCGGCGGCCCGCCACACGCCAAAGCGAAAGACCUCAACGGGAGCUGCCUGCGCCCCAGCCUGCCACCUGAGCACCCACAGGCCCCCCCCGUCUCCCCUCCCCAGAACCCUGCCAGCUCCGCCAACAGCAGCUCGGCGCAGCAGCCGGGCGGCAGCAGCAGCAGCAAAGCCGCCGCCGCCGCCAGCAAGGCCUCGUCCCUCCCCCCCAACCCCAACCUCACCAAGCAGAUUUUCCCCUGGAUGAAGGAAUCGAGACAGAACUCGAAGCAGAAAAACAGCUCCCCGAGCGCAGCGGAGAGCUGCAGCGGCGAGAAAAGCCCCCCGGGCUCGGCCGCCUCCAAGCGCGCGCGCACGGCCUACACGAGCGCGCAGCUGGUGGAGCUCGAGAAGGAGUUCCACUUCAACCGCUACCUGUGCCGGCCGCGGCGCGUGGAGAUGGCCAACCUGCUGAACCUCAGCGAGCGGCAGAUCAAGAUCUGGUUCCAGAACCGGCGGAUGAAGUACAAGAAGGACCAGAAGUCCAAGGGCAUGGGCUCCUCCUCGGGGGGGCCCUCGCCGACGGGGAGCCCCCCGCUGCCCAUGCAGUCCUCCGCGGGUUUCAUGCACUCGAUGACGGGCGGCUAUGACGCGCCUUCCCCGCCCGCUUUUAACAAGCCUCACCAGAACGCCUAUUCCGUGUCCACAGCCUACCAAAACCCCAUGAAAAGCUGCCCUUCCCAACAGAAGUACGCCAACACAGCGCCAGAAUACGACCCCCACGGUCUACAGGGUAACGGCAACAGCUACGGAACUCCUAACAUCCAGGGUAGCCCGGUCUAUGUCGGCGGGAACUAUGUGGAUUCCAUGGCGGGCUCCGGCCCGACCCUGUACGGCCUGAACCACAUGGCGCACCACCAGGCCAACAGCAUGGACUACAACGGCGCCGGGCAGAUGCCGCCGAGCCAGCACCACGGACCGUGUGACCCUCACCCGACAUACACCGACCUCUCAGCGCACCACCCGCCUCCGGGCCGAAUCCAGGAGGCGCCCAAGCUCACGCAUCUGUAGCAGGUUUGGCACGCGAAGGGGACACUAACACGCGGGGGCGCCUGCGACGGGAUCGAGCAGCAACGGCAACAGCAACGGAAAGAUCCAGUGGUUUCUCGUGUCCCGCGAAGCGUGGAAAUUCGGAUGGCUUUUGUUUUUUUUUUUUCAUUUUAAAAAUAAGCGAGAGACAGAAGAGUUCCACACGUUUUCUUUUCGGUUGACGUGCAAUUGUACGUGUGACGUACCCCCUGACCACCCUUUUUUUUAAAAAAAAAACAAACAAAAAUAAUUCAGAAACGGGGUAAGACGGGGUAAUUGUAGUCGGUUAACCCAAUAAAAUCCGCCAUAUAUUAUAUGUAUAUGGGCCGUGCCGCUGUGCGUGUAGGCUUUUCAGCACAAAGUCUCCUCAAGGUGAUUUUGUGGUGUGUGGGGGGGCUUUUUUUUAGUCUUUCUGGUAAUUUCCAGUGUUUUGUACAUCGUCGCCCAGACAGAGGUUCCCAGCUAGUGAACGAUCAGUCCCUGGCACCAAGGAAACCACUGGAUUGUCGGCUCUCGCUUUCUUUCCUUACCUCUAUCCUCUAACGUCACCUUAACUCACCCUCCCCCUGCGCCCGCGCCCACCUCCACGGAUAGCGAGAAGAGAGGCGAGCAGCUCAAACUUAGUCUUCAGCACAGCGUCUACAAACGGGAAGCUAAGUUCACGCGUCACUCCCCCUGCCACCCCCACCUCUGCCCGUCUUCUCUGCUCCGAGACCCCACCUUUCUCUCUGUCUGUCUUUAGGGUUCACUUACAUGAGGUAGCACCAAUGCAAAACAACCCCCCCCCCACCUUUAUCUUCUCUUGACUUAACGUGAAAACAGGGUAUAUUUGAACACAAUGCGUGCCCGAGGAAUGAAGCAGAAGUGAAGAUGUUUCGGUUUUCGCUCGUGCUUCUUGUCCCGGCAUCAUUGUUGCACUUAGAGUUUACAUUUUAAUGGGUAAAAGAAAAUAAUGAAACAACUUAUUUUCGAAGGAAAGACCUCCAAUCAGCUCAAUCGUGGCCGUCUUUCUAUACGUGUGUUCGAGUGAACAUUCAUAAAUAUAUAUAUUUAUUUGUUAUAGCCAGUUUAAAUAUUUUCUUUUUUGUAUUAUUUAUCCCCCCCGACAUUAUGUAUUUAUAUCAAGAAAAAAAAAUGUACUUUUUUAGUAUUGAUCUGUUACGAAAGACGUUGUGUUCAUGUCAUUGUAAGCAAAUUUCUUUUAGUUCUUGUAUUCUAGGCAGAUGAGUGGUUUUAUGUCAGCCUUGUACAUAUAAAUAAUGUAAUGAGUUAUACUGCAGGCAUGAGGACGGACCCAGACUGUUACUGCAUAGUGGCGAAUUAGAAGUCUAGCUUAACUUCCUUUUCGAAAAUCUCCUUUUGUUCCUGGUAGUUACUUUUCCUUUCCUUGCUGAGAGUUGUCUGUUGAACAAUUCUUUGAAUAAAAUUUUCUGUUAUUCA